CUGAGACUGGGGCAUGCAAGUGGCCGCAUAUAUAAGGCCGGGCGGGUAACUACACACCUACACUCCUUCCAGCAGCAUCACUACUACGCCACUAUGAAGGUUGUUCUUCUUGCGGCGCUCCUUGCAGUCGCCGCUGCCCAGGGCACAAAACCUCUAACCCCAGGUGCUGCCCAGGGCACAAAACCUCUAACCCCAGGUGCUGCCCAGGGCACAAAACCUCUAACCCCAGGUGCUGCCCAGGGCACAAAACCUCUAACCCCAGGUGCUGCUCAGGGCACAAAACCUCUAACCCCAGGUGCUGCUCAGGGCACAAGGCCUCUAAUCCCAGGUACUACUCAGGCCAAAAGACCUCUAACCCCAGGUACUGCCCAGCGCACUAGACCUCCAACCCCAGGAACUACCCAGGUUUCAAAUGUUCAGUCAUCCAAGAAACCCGUGGACACGAGGGUAGGUGGAGGUCAGUUCCCUGGUGUUGGAGGCCUCUUACCAGGUGUGGGUGGAGGCUUCUUACCAGGUGUGGGUGGAGGCUUCUUACCAGGUGUGGGUGGAGGCUUGUUACCAGGUGGAAAUGUGGCCCAGCCCGCUACCUGCCGGUACUGGUGCAAGACCCCUGAGGGCAAAAACUAUUGUUGCGAGACCAAUGAUCAACAUCCCAGCGAGCCUUUAGGGUAUGGGAAGGUGGGCAUCUGCCCUAUCGUCCGCGCCGAGUGCACGCGAUUUGGGAUCGUGGGACCUCAAACCUGUGCCCAUGACGACGCCUGCUACGGUGCCGACAAGUGCUGCUUCGACAGGUGCCUCGAGGAACACGUCUGCAAAACUCCAAUCGCCUAAAGAGCCUUGACGUACACUUGCCGAGCUGAUUUGUAUUGGUUCUCUUGAUUAAAUUUACUUUUUAAUUUGUUAA